CAAACUUGUCAUCAACGUCAAAUUCAUCUAUCAUUUGCGAUCGCCAUUUCUUUUGCCGAGUUUGUGAAGCCGUGUAAACACGUGUUUUCUGACUUUUUUCCCAAAAAACGGAUAAAAAGGCAAAAUGGGUCGCGUACGUACCAAAACCGUAAAGAAGGCUUCCAAAGUAAUUAUCGAAAAGUACUACACAAGAUUGACUCUCGAUUUCCACACCAACAAGAGGAUUUGCGAGGAAAUCGCUAUCAUUCCCACGAAACCUCUGCGUAACAAGAUCGCCGGUUUCGUUACUCAUUUAAUGAAACGUUUGAGGCACUCUCAAGUCAGAGGCAUCUCUAUAAAACUCCAAGAGGAGGAACGUGAGAGGCGUGAUAACUAUGUUCCUGAAGUGUCUGCUUUGGAACAUGACAUAAUUGAGGUCGACGCCGACACCAAGGAAAUGUUGAAGAUGUUAGAGUUCAACAACAUCAGCGGUCUCCAAUUGUUGCAAAAGACCAACAACUACACCAACAAUAGACGCACUUAAGUUUGUAUAACAUUAAGGAAAUAAAUUUUAAUUUAUA